CGCGGCGCGGGCCCGGGGUUAGCCAUGAGUGGCGGCGUGUAUGGGGGAGAUGAAGUUGGGGCUCUUGUUUUUGACAUUGGCUCGUAUACGGUGAGAGCAGGCUAUGCAGGCGAGGACUGUCCAAAGGUUGAUUUUCCAACAGCCAUUGGUGUGGUGCUAGAAAGGGACAAUGGCAGCACUCUGAUGGAGAUAGAUGGUGACAAAGGCAAACAAGGGGGCCCAACUUACUAUAUAGACACCAAUGCCCUGAGAGUUCCAAGGGAAAAUAUGGAGGCCAUUUCACCUUUAAAAAAUGGAAUGAUUGAAGACUGGGAUAGCUUCCAGGCAAUUUUGGAUCACACUUACAAGAUGCAUAUUAAAUCUGAAGCAAGUUUGCAUCCUGUCCUUAUGUCUGAAGCACCAGUGAGUAAAAGCAGCUUUGCAUUUUGA